GUACGUAACUUUCUUUUUAAAAACCAUCAUAACGCGCUUCUCUUCUCCUUUUGUCAACUACUUGAUUCUUUUAGACAAAUCUUCCCGCUCAACCAAGUUUAAAUCGCAUUGUUUCUUCUUCGGCGGUUGUUGAUGCGCGUUGCGCGUUGCGUGCCCGCCUACCCUUCGAUCGCCUCAUCUCCUUGUUCCUACUAUCGAUCCCUCCAUGACACUGGCGAUCACCACCACCUCACCCCCUUCUCAAUCUAUUAGAAGACAUGAUAUCUCUAGCAGCGCCACGUUUCGUGGAUUAGCAUUAACAGACACAUCUACUACCCCUAGGCCUGGAGAUCCCGCGCGUGGCCCGCUCACGAACGGCUCCUCGGCCGGUGCCACCACCGUUGCCUCCCAUGGCUCUCUUGUAGCUGAGCAGAGGCACCAGCCGGACGAUCUCGAACAUCCGCCUUCCAAACGACAGCGAACCGAGACCGUUCCAGUCUCAGCCCCCACCAUCAACAACCAGCUCCAGCAGAAUGGCAACUCUCAGUCUCCUACCCACUGGGGAAUGCAGGACGUCUUUGUCCAAUGCCUCGCAAAUCAAGUGUUCCCGCACGUCGACCGGGAGCUAGCAACUUUGCCCAGAGACAAAUACGACCUACAAAAAAUAGGAACAAAGGUCGUCGAGAAUGUGACUGGCGUCGACUUUACGGCCGCUUAUAAGCUUGGGAAUGGGCGUGUAAGCGAUGUGUUCGAACGACUUCUGGCUGCCCGUAUCCCGGUGGAAACCCGCGCAUUGCUCAUGCUUCCCGAAUAUCAGCUCAAGUCGUACACGCCGGUACCCGUCCCCCAGAUCCCAGGGGCACCUGUCCUGGCACCUUCCCAGGCACCUUCCGGCUAUGCCACGGCCCCGUUGCCACCUCCGCCUCCGCGUCCGGUGGCGGGCUCGGCUAUAACCCAUACAUUCCCCGCGGCCAAUGAACGUCGCUACUCCAACUCUCCAAUACCUCUUCCAGCAGUGCCUGGGCGUCAGGAGACACGCAGAGGUGUAAACCCUCCUUCUGGGUUGCGAUACCCUCCCGCUCCGGUUGCUACAGGUCAUACGACGACAGUAGUUAACCGACCAACCAUACUACCGCCGCCGCAACCGCCACAGGUUAUAACCAUUAAGGAUGAUGACGAGGAAGAAGAAGAAGACAAGGGAGCUCCACCAGCAGCCAUACCAGUGCCUCAACCAAAUUCACCCGCUGGAUCGUUGAUGAUCCUGGACCCGCCGUCGACAUCUGUCGCCCAGCCGCCCUCUGUUAGCAACCUGCCUGAAAACCCGGUACCGGAGCCGAGGAGGCGAGGCCGAGUGUCUCGAUUGCGUAAACGCGUCGAAGAAGAGCAGAGGCCGCAAAACCGUGGCAUAGUCACGACCUCAGCACAGAAUUAUCGAAGUCGAGCCCACGCUUUGGCCUGGCGGGGACACGAAGACAGCGCUGAUUUCCAAAAUUUAUCAUCGCGGCUGUUCAGUGAGGCCAAACGACCAUACCUGUCAGCAGAGGAGAGGGCCAACAUCUCGGUCGGUGUGCACAAGUUUGUACGAUUUGACGAGUCCUCGCUCACUCGACCUACGACCUUCCAUGUCGACUUUACCGCCGAUGAAACCAAGGCUCUGCGGAACCUUUGUCGAAGAGUCCUUGGCCUGUCCUCUGGGAGCAGGAAGCAAGAUCUUGCUAAAGAUCUCCGAAAGCAGCUCAAAAAGCAUCGCGGAGAAAUUGUCAAGGUCUUGGAUGCCAUCCGGUCGGAAAGCGAACUUUCGCGCCGAAACAGGGCAGACAUUGAACGGUUCCUCCAUGACUUAGUUAAUCACAAGGUAUCAAGGGAUCCCUCAAUACUUGCCUUAAAAAGGGAUAAGUACGACUUGCACGGUGAGCUCGCUCGCUCGAGCCAAAUCAAUUCGCUCCUCUUUGCUAGGGAAACCUCUGGUAACCGCGGCAUGGCUUUGAGGGCUCCCAUGAACUUCCCGAAUGAGUUCGUCAAGUGUCAUGAGGAUGAGUUGGAGCUGCGAAGAGAAUGGACGGAUUGUGCUGGAGAUAUUGCGACCAUCGCUUGGGUCUCAAACGACGGCUUCAUUUGCGGGACAACGGAGCAUUCGGAUGCUCAUAAUCAACAGUACAACAAGCCCGGCAACCUCGUUCUCGGAUCUUGCAGUCAAGGCACUCUGCGGGCAUAUGCUGAUCAUCGGAUUGUCCGUCCGGUUGUCGAAAAGGGUGAAAACUCGACCGAUGCUAUGAGACAGAGUCAAGACCCGUGGCUGUACUCAUCUGUUGUUGCCUCGGACUAUGACGAUGUCCACGAUCGGGCAUUUACCUCUGGGUUUGACCGGAAAGUCAAAGUUUGGAAGGUAGACCCGUCCGGCUCUUCCAUGGUUUUGUUGGGCGAGUGGUCCCAUGGGGGCAAUGUCAACUUUGUGGCUGCCUCAAAGCAUGACUCGACAACGGCUAUGGUUGCAACGGCAGCAGAUGUUCCUACGGAUGCUGUGCGCAUAUACAACAUUCAUAGCAACGACUCGAUUUCGACCAGCCCGUAUCGGUCCUUUUCUUGCUCCCGGGUGGAAGACGCAGAGGGCAACACUGUUUCAACCGAGAGAUGGGCCUACUUUCCUGCCACUAUGCAAUGGGGUCGAUCGCCAACCGUUCGACAUUUGCUUCUGGUGGGCUACUCACCUCGUAGCAGGACAGGGGAUGACCUUGAUAUUCCUCCCGAUCGUAGGGAAACGGGAGAACUCUGCCUUUGGGACGGAAUCACGGGAGAAAGGUGGCGGAUAACAUCCGCUACCACCCAGAAUGUUUUUGAGGUUCUAUGGCAUCCCAGUCAAGCCUGCUUCAUUGCGGCCACUUCACCACUGGGCCUGGACCUGCAGUACAAUACCCGUACCCAAAUUCGGGUCUUCACCCCGUCUCCCGUUUCUGAGCAUGGCGAAAAGUCAUUCAGCCCUAUUCAAACACUGGAUUGCUGGGCGCUCGAUAUCAAUGAGCUUACUAUCAUGCCCAUUAGCUUCGGUUCUUGCUACAUUACGGCCGGAUGCACAGACGGAAAUACGUACGUUUGGGACACCGCUCAAGGUGAUAAGCCGAUCCAUAUUCUACGCCACGGGGAGCCGAUAGAGGAACUCAGAGGUGAUCGUGAGCACGAGGAUGUGGGUGUCAAAUUUACCGCAUGGGGAAGGACUCUUGACCGGUUUUAUACCGGUUCCUCUGACGGCGUGGUAAAAGUAUGGAAUGUGCGAUCCCGCAACCCAUUGGUCCGCGACCUCUUGGAGGUUCCUGCCCCCGUUUCCUGCGGCAUGUUCUCUCCCGACAAGUCCAGGCUGGUCAUCGGCGAUGCUAGUGGACGAGUCUUCUUCUUGUCACUCAACGAACAAGAUGAGGGAGACCACAACGACCGCACCUUGUUCAUGCAUAUGAAAAUCCCGGGGCAAAAAUUGCCAAAGAGGAUUCGGCGUCCGCAAUCUAUUAUUCCACACCCGGAACCAGAGGCACCCACCUAUGAUGCUCAGGGCCAGCUGUUGGAGUCGGAAUCUGGUAUCUCGAGAGGCCGAUCUUAUUUGGCCAAAUUGCAGCUUCAACAACUGCCAGACCGUACUCUCGGCGUUGUUCAAGGCCCGAACUAUGUCGAGACCGGCUUAUUUCGGCGAGAAGCGCAUUUGGAUGAAGAUCCCCGCUUGCCUCUCAAAGCUAAAUUCUAUGCAUCGCAGCAAGAAACUAAGCGGCUAUACAGUGAAGGAGUUAGACGGUAUCUUUCACCGUUAAGACCUGUCACGGAAGAAAGUUUCUCGACAGCUAAGGAAGUCCAUUCUACAAACCUGCCGCUGGACUUUAGCGUUGAUCUUUUGGAAGAGGAAACGAAGCAGGCGCUUGAAGCUGAAGGUGUGGACUGGCAGCUGAACGAGGGAGCGUUGGACUUUGUUUAUGAGGACGACGAGGACGAUGACGACGAGCUUGUAUUUAGUAGUGUUGAAGCAAGCGACGUCGAUGAAUUUUGAUUGCUUUAAUAUGUAGGCAGCAAUCAAAAUUUUAAGUAUAUUAUUCUAGCUUAAAUUGACUUGCUAUGUAGAGUUGCAAAUACAAAGAAAAGU